AUGAUGCUCCGACGAGGAUUUAUUCUAUUUCUCCCCCGACUUGUAGGCCUGCUGGUGGUGGCCUGUUGCUUGGUGUCUAUUGUUUAUAUGUUGGCUUGCACACCCAAGGGUGACAACCAGCAACUUGCCUUGCCCAGGGUGCACAGUCCGACUGCAAAGGAGGGAUAUGAAGCCAUUCUGCAAGAGCGAGAAGAGCAACACCGCAACUACAUCAUCAGCUUGAAGAAGCAAAUUGCCCAGCUGAAGGCCGAACUCCAGGGCAGGAGUGAGCAGCUUAAGAACGUGCAGGACCAGUACCCAGACCCCUUGGACAUUCGUCUUGACCACAGUAACCCAGAGAAGGCCCAGGCUAACCUGCUGGCUUUCCUCCGUUCCCAAAUAUACAAAGCAGAGGUGCACACCGGCAUUAAGCUGUCCACAGAGUAUGCGGCCGUGCCCUUUGAGAGCUUUACCCUGCAGAAGGUGUACCAACUGGAGACAGGGCUGACGCGCCACCCAGAAGAGAAACCUGUAAGGAAGGAUAAGCGAGAUGAGUUGAUAGAGGUGAUCGAGCUAGCUGUUGGGAGUUUGAACAAUCCGGAGGGGGACAGCAAUGCAAAACACCGCGUGUACACAGCCUCUGACUUCAUUGAAGGGAUCUACCGCACAGAAAAAGACAAAGGCACGUUGUAUGAGCUGACUUUCAAGGGAGACACAAAACAUCAGUUCAAGAAGAUUGUUUUAUUCCGUCCAUUCGGUCCUGUAAUGAAAGUGAAAAAUGAAAAUGUCAAUAUGGCUGACACACUUAUUAAUGUCAUUGUGCCGUUGGCCAAGAGAGCCAGCAAAUUUCGGCAAUUCAUGCAGAAUUUCAGGUGUGUUUCCAUUCCACAGGAUGGGAGAAUUCACCUCACUGUAGUUUACUUUGGAAAAGAACAAAUGAAUGAAGUCAAAUCGAUACUUGAAAAUACCUCCAAGUCAGCCAACUUCAAGAACUUCACCUUCAUCCAGUUGAAUGAAGAAUUUUCCAGGGGCAAGGGACUAGACAUUGGUGCUCGGUUUUGGAAAGGGAACAACGUUGUUCUCUUUUUUUGCGAUGUGGACAUAUACUUCACAGCUGAAUUCCUUAAUUCCUGUAGAUUGAACACACAACCAGGGAAGAAGGUGUUUUAUCCUGUUCUUUUCAGUCAGUAUAACCCGAGCAUAAUUUAUGGCCACCGUGAUUCCAUCCCAUCUUUAGAACAGCAGCUGGUUAUUAAAAAAGAAACUGGAUUUUGGAGAGACUUUGGUUUUGGGAUGACUUGCCAGUACAGAUCUGAUUUUAUCAACAUAGGUGGCUUUGAUCUGGACAUUAAAGGCUGGGGUGGUGAAGAUGUACAUCUGUACCGCAAGUACCUUCACAGCAACCUCAUCGUGAUCCGAACGCCCGUCAGGGGUCUCUUCCACCUGUGGCAUGAAAAGCAAUGUGUGGACGAGCUGACCCCAGAGCAGUACAAAAUGUGCAUGCAGUCCAAGGCCAUGAACGAGGGUUCUCAUGGCCAGCUGGGGAUGCUUGUUUUCAAGCAAGAGAUUGAGUCCCACCUGCACAGACAGAAACUGAGCAGUAAGAAGACAUGA